AUGUCUAUCUGUGGAGUAGAGUCAGAAAAGGUGGAGGAAAGUGGCAAGAAAAUAGGGGGAAGUGGAUCAGGAGAAGCCGCUGAAGGGCUGGUUAAUCUUGCAAGAGCCAACAAGAAAAGGGAUGCUGCUCCUUCUAACACUACUGAAAUUUCUCUCCCAAGAGGAAGAGCCACGAGGAGCAAGCUGAAGCAAAGUAAGGAGGAGUUGCAUAAAGCCUUAGAAGAAAGUGAAAAAGUGACUGCUGAGGUGGAGGUUCAGACCCCCAAGCCCAAGAAAGCCAAGACUUCUUCUAAGAAGUCUACAUCUGUACCCAAGUCUGUUGAACCAUCUACCCUGGCAAAGAGGACCAGAUUUAAAUCCUUGUGA